AUGGCUACAGAUAUAUCUACCAUCGUGUCUAUAGGACAGGAUAUUGCUGUCACAAAGACAGACAUUGUCACGCCCUGUCUCACGAACCAGCAGAACGGGACCGAGAGCCAGAACCAACCGAAGAAAGUACGAAGCAAAUACAGACAUGUGGCCGCCCUGCACGCGACCAACCGUUCAUCAUGCCUCAGUCACGAAUCUACCGAGACUCCGAGCUUCCUGGGCUUCAGGAACCUGAUGGUGCUCACCAUCAUUGUCAUGAACCUCCGGCUAGUCGUUGAGAACGCAAGGAAAUACGGUCUGUUGAUCACGCUUAAGUCGAAUAUCCACGCCGGCGAUGUCAAGGCCGGCCUCUUUCUCUACGCCAUCACACCCAUCCACCUCUUCGUCGCCUACAUCAUCGAGAGAGUUGCAAUGGAGCACGCGAAAGGCGCGGUAGGCCGGCGGAAGAAGAGCGACGCUGGCAUGAAGAGUCCGGAAACUGAGAAGGACCGGAAGGAGUUUCUCAACACUUGGUGGUACAUUGCUAUAGCCCAUACCAUCAACGCCACCUUGGCCCUGGGAAUUACGAGCAUCGUCGUCUGGUGGGGCGUUAACAAUCCCGGCAUUGGCACCAUCAGUGAGCUCCAUGCCAUUGUGGUGUGGCUAAAAACUUGUUCCUAUGCCUUCACGAACCGAGACCUACGACAUGCUAUGCUCCAUCCUGGCGGGCCUGAGUCAGCCAUUCCUCUCAUCUACGGCAACUGCCCAUACCCCAAGAAUGUCACCCUCAACAAUCUGUGCUAUUUCUGGUGGGCGCCAACUUUGGUCUAUCAACCGUAUUACCCUCGAACGGACAAGAUCAGAUGGGGCUUCUUCUUCAAGCGCGUUGGCGAGACGGUGGCGCUCUCGGUCUUCAUCUGGCUGCUUGUUGCUCAAUACGCCGAACCUCUUUUGCGGAACAGUCUUGACGGAAUGGCCGUCCUGGACCUUCCUUCGAUUGUCGAGAGGCUGAUGAAGCUUUCGACCAUUUCUCUGGUCGUCUGGCUAGCCGGCUUCUUUGCUUUGUUUCAAUCCUUCUUGAAUGCGCUGGCAGAAAUCAUGCGCUUCGGUGACCGACAAUUCUACGAGGACUGGUGGAAUAGCACAAGUUUGAAGAUGUACUGGGCGACCUGGAACAAGCCCGUUUAUCACUUCAUGAGACGGCAUGUAUACUCUCCUCUGGUGGGACGCGGAUGGUCUCCUCAGGCAGCCAGUGCCUGGGUUUUCGUCUUUUCGGGCUUCCUGCAUGAGUUGGCCGUCGGAGUGCCGUCCCAUAACCUCUUGGGUGUCGCAUUCUUCGGAAUGGUCUGUCAACUACCUUUGAUCAUAGCCACCGAGCCUCUGGCGAAGAUGGGCGAUGUGGGCGGAAAGGUUAUUGGCAAUUGUAUCUUCUGGAUCAACUUUGUCUUUGUCGGUCAGCCACUGGCAGCCAUGAUCUACUUCUUUGCAUGGCAGGCCAAGUAUGGCGUUUUGAGCAAGGGGUCUGUUUCGUCGGCAAGCUAG